AUGGCUCUCUUUACUCCUACGAACCAAAAACGGUUGACUAACAUAUCUGUAGUUCGCCUUAAAAAAGGUGGUAAUCGUUACGAGUUGGCAUGUUACCCAAACAAAGUGCAAGCUUGGCGAGACAAGCUUGAAACAAAUUUAGAUGAAGUUUUACAGGCUCAUUGUGUCUUCACGAAUGUCUCAAAAGGUCAGUUCGCUAACAAAAAGGAAAUGUAUGUGCAUUUUUGCACAGAAGAUGAAAGACAAAUAAUAAAGACAAUACUAGAACAUGGAGAAUUACAACUCACAGAAAAGGAACGCCUUGUAGGACAACAGGCUUUGUUUAGAGAUGUGGCUAAAAUAGUGUCUGAAAGAUGCGUAAACCCUGAAAACAACCGGGCAUACACUGUCACGAUGAUAGAGAAGAUGAUGAAAGAUUGUCACAUAUCCCUAAAGGCUAAUAAAAGUGCUAAACAGCAUGCUUUAGAGGUAAUUAAACAGUUACGGUCGGCUCCUGGAUUUAAAAUUGCUCCUUCAAUGAUGGAAGUGAAUAUUACCAUACAGAAAGACUCAUGUGAACCUGUUAUCGAGAGACUUUUGCAACUAUGCAAUGAUAUCAUACAACAAAGUGAAUCAUCCGAUGGACUUUACGACUUGACCGCUGUUGUUGAACCUGAGAAAUAUGGCUCUAUCGAAACACUUCUCCACAACGAAAUAAAGGGUAAAUAUUCCAUAGAAAUUUCCGAUGGUACGAAGUGUAGUCACAAAGGACUCACAAAUUUAAACUCUGCUUUAACAGUAAAAACAGAAGUUGGGGAAAGAAAAGUUGUGAAAAAUGUUCCAGAUAAAAAUGUUUCAUCUCAGUUGAAUGACAACAGGAUUACUCAGUCAUCUGAAGCCUCAGUUUCUGUUGAAAAGAAAGGCAAAAAUACGUCCAAGAGAAAGAAUAAAAAAGGUUCCAAACAACUGCAGUUCUGUGAACAAGGAUUUAUUGAUAACAUUAUUGUUUUAAACUUUUGUGACGAUUACAAUAAGUAUAAUUACAACAUGAGUUUACUAAAAAAUGUUCAUCAUGUUCGAUUCGCUACCAAAAGUUUAUGGCAGACUUGUAAAACACUAAUAAAAGGUUUCGGUUUCACGCUCCACUGUUUGUUCAAAUGCGGUUCAGAAAUAAAUCUAGUGCUAAAAAGUAAUCAAUCGGUAAUAAUGCUUAGCGAAAUCAAAACAUUGUCCAGUGUUCAUCACCCAUUUAAGUACCAUUCAGAAAUCAGUAACUGGUGUACAAAACGUGAUGGACCAUGUGACAUUGCUUUAGAAGUAGUUGACGUGUAUGAAGUUUGUGAAAGGGUUUCCCGGUUUUCUGGGUUUGAGAACAUUCUUUUGGAACCUACUACUUAUGCUGAUUAUGACGGAAAAAUUGUUUUAGGAGUAAUCAAGUCAUGUGUUGGGGAUUUGCUUCAUACGAUUGUUGACUCGUCACAGUAUAAAGGCUUGUUUUUGCCUGGAUACACAUCGGGACAGAGUGCAAAUGAUGACUUAAAGGAAGCACUAAAUAACAAUGGAUCGAAUCCCAAUUCUUUUGUGAAAUAUACUGACCAUAUAGCAAUCGCUGGGGAUAUUGGAGAUUCAGAUACUUUUAUGAAUUGGUACAAAACAGUAUUUGGAAUGAAACGCAUAUUCAUUAAUAUACAGGAUGAUGAAUCCCAAGGGUUUAUAGUAAAGUUCAAAAAUACUGGAAUGAUUUUGAAGGCAGUUUGUCAUAAAGAUCCAACUUCGAAUUCUGAUUAUCGUAAUGCAUGCAAAUUUGUCUUUGUUGAGCCCACAAAAGAUUCAGAACCUAGUCAAGUGUCUCGAUUUCUACAAGCUAAUUCAGGUCCAGGCUUACAACACAUGGGACUCGCCAUUGAUAACAUUAUAGAUGUAGCAGCUACCUGUCAUCAAAAUGGUAUAAAAUUUAUCACUGCUCCAGACGUCUAUUAUGAAGCUUUAUCUCAGCGUAUCAACUUGAAAGAAUUUUCUUUGGAUUUAGAAAAACUUAAAACAACUGGCAUACUUGUAGAUAAAGAAUUAAACAAUGAAGGUUAUCAAAUAGGAAGUCUACUACAAAUAUUUACUGAACCAUUGUUUCAGAAAGAUGGGUUUUUCAUGGAAUUAAUUGAACGUCGUAAUCAGUCAACUGGUUUCGGUGAAAAUAAUAUCAAUGCUUUAUGGGAAGCAUUGGAAAUAUCACAAACAUUGUAA